GAGGCCACUGGGGGUGGACAGCUCGCGUUGCGCCUCGAGUGGCCACCUUUUCUUGAUCGGUAUUGGAGGAGCUUCGACGCAUGUAAAACGCGAUAAUGCGGACACCUUUCGCCAUCCAUAACACCCCCCUUGUUCUUUUGCCCGGCACCCAACUCCGGGCUAAUAGCCGGGGUGUGAUGGCACCCCUCUCGACCAGGUUCUCAGGCGAGUCUCUCCAGCUCGAGGUGGACGAUCGUGGUAUGGAUAUUUAGACGCGAUUUCGCAACCCUUCAACAGGACAGCUGCCCCCCUUUGCUGUUCCCCCGACAUAGAGCCAAUUCGAGGCCCCAGCAAUCUCCAUGGCUACCGUGCUCACCAAAGAGAAGGCCUCGAGAGGCGAGGGAGACUCGGAUAACAAACUCGACCCGGAUGCGUCGACCAGGUCGGUCACCAGUAUCCCUCCUCUCGGCGCCCCAAUUGAAGAAAGGCGGUUCUGGUUCCAACGUGCCAAAUCUUACGACCCCGAUGCAAUUGCAACCCAGGCCAGCGUAUUCGACGACCCAGAGACCGCAGAGAAAUAUCACCCGCGGGUCGACUGGGAGAACAUCGGUAGAUUCGACCCUCUUGCCCGAUGGACCUGGGCCGAGGAGCACCGCUUGGUGCGCAAGAUCGACCUUCGAAUCAUGGUGUGGGCCUGCAUCAUGUUCAUGGCUCUCGAACUCGACCGAGCCAACAUUUCGCAGGCCUUGACAGACAACUUCCUGACUGACCUCCACUUGACAACAGACGACUACAACUUCGGGAACACCGUGUUCAAGCUAUCUUUUCUCUGCGCCGAGCUGCCGUCCCAGCUCGUCUCCAAGUGGAUGGGCCCGGAUCGAUGGAUCCCAUCGCAGAUGGUCCUGUGGAGCUUGGUGGCGAGCAGCCAGUUCUGGUUGUCUGGUCGCGAUUCGUUUUUGGCCUGCCGAGCGCUUCUGGGCCUCCUCCAGGGCGGCUUUAUUCCUGAUGUAAUUCUGUACCUAUCGUAUUUCUACAAACACCAUGAGAUGUCGCUUCGCCUCGGCUUCUUCUGGACCGCGAUGAGUACAGCCGACAUAAUCUCGGCUCUCCUUGGUGCCGGCCUCCUGCACUUGAGAGGAGUCCAGGGAAAGUCAGGCUGGAGAUGGCUGUUUCUGAUCGAGGGCCUUUUGACACUUGUCAUUGGAAUCUUUGCCUUCUUGCUCAUGCCUGCUGGGCCAUGCCAGACAGCAAGUUGGUUCCGGGGGAAAAAGGGUUGGUUCGAUGAACGAGAAGAGAAAAUUAUUGUGAAUCGUGUUUUGCGAGAGGACCCGAGCAAGAGCGGCAUGCAUAACCGUGAGCCAAUUACGCCUAGGUUACUCUGGCAAAGCCUCAAGGACUAUGACCUCUGGCCGUUGUACAUCCUGGGACUCGUCUUCCAGAUUCCCGCGACCCCCCCGCAGCAGUAUCUUACCCUCUCUCUAAGAGGGCUGGGCUUCGAUACUUUUCAGUCUAAUCUACUUUCAAUUCCCUGGAAUGUGCUUCACAUGAUAUCCAUGCUUGGAAUUACCUACCUUGCCGAGAUUAUCAACGAGUUGACGCUCGUCUCGUUGUCCGGGCAGAUCUGGAUUCUCCCGUUUCUGAUCUACCUGUCUGUUGCCAAUACGGGGCAGGCAAACCGAUGGGUGCUUUUCGCGGUCACCUCCCUACUCCUCAGCUACCCGAAUGCUCACCCAAUCCAAGUCGGCUGGAAUUCCCGCAACUCAAACACCGUCAGAUCUCGCACCGUAUCCGCUGCCUGCUACAACAUGUUUGUCCAGGCGAGCGGCAUCAUCUCGUCCAACAUCUACCGAUCUGCGGCUGACCACUCUGCAGAUGACGCUCCUCUGUACAGGCGAGGUAACCGGCAACUUCUCGCCAUCACGUGCAUGAAUAUAGCUCUGUAUCUCCUGGUGAAGGUCUACUAUAUCCAACGGAACAAGAGUAGAGACAGAAAGUGGAAUGCAAUGAGCACAGACGAGCGGCUAGAAUACCUUGCGACGACAGAGGACAAGGGCAACAAGAGACUCGACUUCAGAUUCCAGCACUAA